UAUCCGUCAACUCCAAUAACACCAAAUUCCUAGAAGAAAAUUAGCAAAAAGCAUAGCGAAAUCAACCCUAAUUCCUUCAAUAGAAGAAGAAAUUUGUAAAAUUGAUAAAAACCCAAUAACCCCCGGUGGUUAAUGGUAUAAAAAAUCCAAGUCCUACACAAAAUCUCAGACAUUCUCCCUCCUCUUCUCCUCUCCUCUCCUCUCCCUUCCCUUGCCAAUCUUUCUUUCUCUUCCCUUCCCCUUCAAUUUCUCCUGCUUUCCUUUCCACCAAACAGAGCACUACAUAUACAAUUUAUAUGUGAAUACAAGUAAUGGAUUGGACUUUUGGUCCUCAAUCUUCUUCUCUUAUCACUUUAAUUAUCAUUCUCAUUCUCAAUCCAAAAUUAUUUCUUUCCUUUGAUUCCUUUCUCCAAUGCAAACCCUUGAUCCUCUACAUGUAAAUUCCACAUUAGCUUCCCUAAACCCUAUCGAUCUCUGCAACAAUGUCCAGCGAACGACCUUCUUCAUCUCCGAUCCCCCUAAACGAAGCCCCUGACUCCGCCACUGAUUCGAACCACGCCUCUGCCCCUCUUGACGAGGAGCCCCCUCCACCUGUGCAGGCUCCAGCGCCUCCUAUCAACAGGAGCAAUCGACCGUCCCGUGCUUGUACUAUCCGUGCCGCCGAGAGGCUUCAGGCUGCCCAGCAGCAGGCUGCGCUAGACCGGAAGCAGAAACCGAAGAAGGAGCAGCAGCAGCAACAGGGAUGCGAUGAGUCGCCGCAGCAGAAGGAGCAAUGCAGCGCCAGCAGUAAGAUCAUUACGCCGCUGGUUGGGCCGCCCGAGCCAGCUCAGUUGCCGAGGUGGACCCUACGCUCCAUGUGGGAAUUAGCUUCCGUACUUAAUUUCUUGCAUGUAUUUAGGCCUCUAUUGAAUAUACAGGUUGAGUUCUCAGCUGAGGAGUUUGAGACAGCUUUGAUUACACCAAACGAUACUCUGAGUGAUAUUCAUAUACCCUUAAUGAAGGCAAUCCCUCCUAUAACCCGAAUGGCCCUUACACGGGAUACUUGGAUUACUGUUUUGUGUAGAAAAUUAAGAGACUGGUGGCACUGGGUUGCAGAUGGGGAACUUCCCAUAGUUGCUUCACAUGGGGUUGAGAUUGAAGUGUAUAAAACUCUUGAUCCUGGGACCCGAGUGGCGAUCUUGAAAGCACUAUGUGACAUUCGAGUUGAGCAAGAAGAUAUUCGAAAUUAUAUUGACAACUCUGUUAAACAUGGUAUUCAACUUUCUGUAUUUCGUAAAGAACGCGUUGGGGGUGAUUCACAAGGAAUUAAUUACUGGUAUGAAGAUGAUCCAAUAAUUGGUCAUCGGUUAUACCGGGAAAUUAGAAAAUUUGAGGUGAAGAAGGCAAAGGCCAAAGGUUCCCAGGUCCUUCCCAAUGCAACGUAUCAGUGGGAAACAGUUGCAACUAAUUUUGAUGAAUUCCAAGAUGUUUCCGAGAAGCUUUUCACAAGUAAAAAUAGAACAGAAGCCUCAUUAGGGAAGAAGCUAAAGAAUGACAUGCUUCCUGAGAUUGAGAAGGUUCAUAAGAGGAAAGAAAGGUUGCUGAAAAAGCAACAUAGACAGGCUCUACUUCUUGAUAACUUCUUGAGUGUGGAUGGACUCUCACCAGGACGCUCGCUUCGUGACAGAAAACCUGUUACUUAUACUUUUGAUGAUUAUGACCGAUCAAUCAGUGAGGCUAUUAAAAUAACCAAGCGGAAACCACCAUCACCAGAGCCUAUUUGCAGAAGAGAAGGUAUUAUCAAACCCGAAGCUGCAACAAAUGGUAAAUGGGUUGGUUCUUCACAUGCCUCUGAACAUGGCACUUUCAGUUUGACAAUCCCUGGUUCACCUGGUUUUGACGAUAUUGAUGAAGAGCAUAAACCUGAAUUAUUGGAUCGGAGCAAUAGGCGAAGGCAGAGGCCUCAACGGUAUUCCACGAAAGAGUUUGUUGAAGCAGUUUCAGAUAACGAAGCAGACUUUGACAGUGAUGAUGACAUAGUUGGAGAAGCUGUUUAUGAUGAGGAGUACUUGAAGAAACGUAAACAGAGGAAGCUGUCAAGCAGCUCUGAAGGGGAUGAAGAGUAUAGGUGGGAUGAAGAAAAUGGUGAAGAAGAGGAAGAAGAGGAAGAAGAAGAGGAUUCAUUAAGCAUCAGUGAGGAUAGUGAUGAGCCCCAAAAAUUUAAGAAACUACCUGGCCGAACAAGGAGGGGAACUAAAUUAAGGUCUGUCGAUGAGCUUCAAUCAGGUUUGAGACGCAGUAAAAGGGCUACCCGAAACCGGAUUAAUUACCGGCAAUACGAGCUGUCAGAAUCAGAGACAGAGUCUAUGAAACCUGGAAAAUCAAAUGCAUCAGACGAACACUCAGAUGCUAGUGAGCAAGAGUAUUCGACUGGAAGUCAAGAUUCUAAUGACAAUGAGGAUGAAGAACAAGAUAUGAAAGUCGAUCAGCCUGUUGAAGAUUACACCGAGACAGCAGAGAAACAGCAAAAUCAGCCACCAGAUAGAUCAAAUAGCCCUGGCCAAGACGAACUUGAGGGUGUAAGGAAACGGCGUUUCCUUGAUCUAAACGAACUUGCUCCAGGCUCUGGUUUUGAAGAUGGUCCAAACACGAUAAUGAAAGAUGACAAUAGAGACAAUUUUUAAGUUCCCCUCUGGUGGAAAACAAGGUUUGUCGUUUUCUGUUGGGGACGCUUAAUGUAUGAUAGUAAAAAUACAUAUAAAUUUUGUGAUAAGCCUGUGGAGGAAAUUAUGGUCAGAGUUCUUCCAAGGGGAAGUUAAGGAACAGCCCGAUGCAAUUCAUUUGGGAUUUGCUGCAGGGAGCGACUUGAUGCUGAGAGUUAUGUAGAUUAGGUAGUCAUUUUUUAGCAUGUCUACAUUCAUAGAAAACCAACUAGGGUUGAAUGAGAAUUCGUUUGGAGUUCGUUCCUUAUCCAAUUAAUGUACAAUAACAUUAACUGAUAUUGUAACUGAAAAAUUUGGGUGUUAGAUGUUCAAGCCCUUUAGUUUAAUCCACCAUGAUUACGAAAA